AUGAGAAUCAAGUGCGGUUGUUGUGCCCAUGGUUGUCGCGACAACUCUCAGUCUGGCCUCGGGCGGAUUAUCAAGGGAGAGCGAACUACAUUGAACGACCUCUGGGAUGAUGUUGUUGCAGAGCGUAUGGCUAUGUCUUCGCUUUACGGCAAAAAGAUUCCUGGCAUACAGGGCUGGGUCGAUCUUGAUGCGGCCUACAUUAACGUAUGUGUUGUUGACGUCGCAGCCUGUUUCCAUCUCGGCUGA